UCGGACAAAACAGAAAUUAGGAAAACGAAAAAAAAAGAGGGGAAGAGUCUAUAACGGCAGAAGCUACUGCUGUAUUCUCGACGGGAGCCCAAAACCCCACCCCAUCCCACCACCGCCACAACCACCACCAACAACCCCCCUACCACCCAACGGCACACUGCAACAACGCCGUAACAACCACCCACACCUAAUUCCGAUUCGAAUGCGACCGGUGCUACGGUGGCGAAACCAAGAGAAAACACCGAAGAUCAAUGAGGGGCGGAGAGAAUUUGAAGACGACGACGACAAGGAAGAAGAGUUUGAGUUUCUCUCUCUUCGAUGGUGGUUGUUACAGCAGUAGUAUUAUCAUUAUUAGAUGGCCGGCUUGCAAAUGAGUUGGCAACCAAGUCUUGUUCACCAAAAACGCAAAAAUGGCGGCCCAUUAGGGUUGAAGAAUCUCGGCAAUUCCUGCUAUCUUAAUUCUGUUCUUCAGUGUCUUACUUAUACUCCCCCUCUCGCCAAUUUUUGCCUCAAGAAUCAACACUCUUCUUUCUGCGAUUCAUCCUCUGAGCCUGACAGAAAACGGGACUGCCCGUUCUGUAUAAUAGAGAAACGGAUCGCUCGGUCACUGAGCAUUGAUUUAGCACUUGAUACACCAUCAAAGAUUGUGAGCUGCCUCCGGAUAUUUGCGGAGCACUUCAAGUGCGGUAGGCAGGAGGAUGCUCACGAGUUCCUCCGCUACGUUAUUGAUGCUUGCCACAACACUUGCCUCCGCUUAAAGAAAUUGCAACAGCAGCGUCCUAGGAAAAUCACCAAUGGAAGCGGAGGAGAGAGUUUUAGUGGCAAAACUAUUGUCAUGGAUAUUUUUGGGGGUUCCUUGCAGAGUCAGGUGAAAUGCCUUUCUUGUGGAACUGAAUCAAAUAAGGUCGAUGAGAUCAUGGAUAUUUGCCUUGAAAUAUCCAACUGCAGUUCACUUAAAGAUGCCAUGAAAAGAUUUUUCCAGGCUGAGAUUUUAGAUGGUAAUAAUAAAUACAAAUGCGAAAGAUGCAAGAAAUUAGUGGCAGCUAAGAAACAAAUGUCCAUUCUUCAAGCACCGAAUGUACUUGUAGUCCAACUCAAGAGAUUUGAAGGAAUUUUUGGCGGGAAGAUAGAUAGGGUGAUUGCAUUUGAAGAAAUUUUGGUUCUUUCAAGCUUCAUGUGCAAAGCAAGUCAGGAUCCUCACCCUGAGUAUAGCCUUUUUGCUACCAUUGUGCAUUCAGGAUUUUCACCCGAGUCCGGACAUUAUUAUGCAUACAUUAAGGAUGCCAUGGGUCGUUGGUAUUGCUGCAAUGAUUCUUAUGUAACAUUAUCAACCCAACAAGAAGUACUUUCUGAGAAAGCUUAUAUUCUUUUUUUUACCCGAACUGGCCAGAGGCCUGUUUCUGUUGAUACUGCUGCUGUGUCAAAUGGAGUGAAGCCUCAUGAGAUGAAUGGCAGCAACAUGGCUAAAUCUCCCAGAAGCUCUAUUCCUGUGAAAGCUAUUAACACAAAAUCAUCUAAUGCACCCUCUUUUGUUAAAAGCAUACCACUUGCUAGUAAGAACAAUGAUGCUUCUGCUGUUCUACAAAAUAAGUUCGGUGGCAUCACAAGCUCUCUUGGUAAAAGAAUUUCUGGAAGUGAUAAUGGCAUAACUGAAGUUCAGAAAAGGGAAACUGUGGGAAGUAAUGGAAAAUUGGGCCAUUCUGUUUGUAAGCAGAUGAAUGGAAACAACAUACAUUCUUUGCAAGAUAACAAUGGAAAUUGCAGCAAUGGAGAACAUAUUGUUGUUGCAAAUAGCCAGGUUUUGGUAAAUGGUGAUGCUCAUCUAAAAAAUGGGACGCUUGGUCCCCUAAACGCAAGUCUCCAUGAAAACAAUGGCUUAAAAAGCAAAGCGACUGCAGGGAAGAUGCUCGACAAUGGUGUCAUCCAUAAUGGUCAGAAUAAUGAGUGCAUUGAUGUCUCUGGCCCCAGGGGGAAGCUGGAAACUCGAGAGACCGCAAGGAAACAGCUUGACAAUGGUGCCAUUAAUAAUGGUCAGAAUCAUAAGUGUACUAAUGUUUCUGGCAAGAGAAAUUCUGAAGACAGGGACUCCUGUAUUUUGUUAGGCGAAGAUGCUCAAUCCCUGGCAAGAGUUGAAGAAUUUAAGAAACUUCUUCAGAAGGAGGCUGCAUUAGUUUUGCAAACAUGCGGCUGGUCUGACAAGGUGUACGAGUACAUGAGAUUGAAGAAGAGGGUGUGUGUGAAUGCUUGUAGCUCAACAGAUAAAAACGAGCUAAAGAAAAUGUUGAUUGCUGAUGCCAGAACAACAUUUAUUUCUCAAAUUCCUGGAUCUUUGAAAGGGAGUCUAAUCGAACAUAUUAGAUCAUUCAGCAGCCAGAAAUAGUUGAUAGCUUUUGUUCUCGAAUCACUUGGCAGAGGGAGAAGGCAUCUGGCACUUUCCGUGCGUCACUACGAGUGGGUUGUAAACUUGUUUUGCUAAAUUUGGGGAUGUGUAUUGUACGGCAUACCCCCCCAUAUAUGCUAUACAGUUGCUGGUGACGCAUAAUUAUUAGGACACAUUGCCUUAUUCUUCUGCUGCUGAAAGUGAUUGCAACUUCUCUGAUGGAAAUUCUCCAGGGCGGAAAGGUUAGGAUUAGUCGUGUCAUGCUAUAACAAAAAGCCAAUGUUGAGGUUUGGUGGGUUAUUUUGAUGGGGAUGCUGGGAAAUUGUUACUUGUAUGAUAUCCUUUUUGUUCUUCCUUUAAUUAUCCCAUUUUAUGGAUGUGCAACAAUUUUUAUCCAUUAAAAUGUGGCCGGAGAUACCUCAGUUUUGAGCUUCUGUAUUGUAAGUUUCAUUCAUCUUUUAUUUCAUUUCAUUUCAUUUCUUUUCUA